CGUUGUUGGCGGGAGGAGAAUAGCGGAGCGCUGUGUGAGAGUGCGCAGCACCGGGCAUACCACCGAGCUCCGGCUGACGGGGAAGGUGCACCUGACUGACACUAGCGGCGAAGCGUGAGGGACACAGGCGCCGCCUUACAGACUACUGGUUAACUGUUGCCCAGACCAUUGGCAUCCAGGGGAGGACCAUUCUAGCACCGCAGCGCAUCCCUGCAGCCCACCGGCCUUUUCAGUGAUUCUCUCAGCAGGGACCGUGAAGGAUUUCUACAAGACUGUUUCUAGGAGCCUGCAGAUUGGCAAACACUGGGGGCAAACUUAUCUGCUUUUACCUUUCAUUUCUUGGUUCAGGCUGCAUACAACAGGAUCCUCCCGGUCAUCCCAAGUUUCAGAAGCCCAUAAAAAGCCAGUAUCUACCUGAAUCCUUUGAAGGCAUCGUCACAAAAGCAAUGACUGAAGAGCAAAGUGGUUUUCACCAGUCCAGGAGGCAACGAAAGUAUUUCACAAUGGAUGUGGAUGAAGAAGAAAAUAUGAGUUCAAGCAGCACUGACGUUAAAGAAAAUCGUAACAUGGACGGAGUGUCAAGAAAGGAUGGGAAUGGCCAGAGUACCGGGGAGGGGGCUCAGCUAUCCAAUGGGGGUGAGGGGAGCAGCAGGAAACGACCAUUGGAGGAAGGUAAUAAUGGCCAUUCCAAGUUUCGUCCAAAGAAGAGGAAGAAAACACCCGGGCCCGUCUUGCCAAAGAACGCUCUCAUGCAGCUGAAUGAAAUAAAGCCAGGAUUGCAAUAUAAACUUGUUUCCCAGUCUGGACCAGUUCAUGCACCAGUCUUUAUUAUGACCGUCGAGGUUAAUGGGCAAGCUUUUGAAGGCUCAGGGCCAACAAAGAAGAAGGCCAAGCUUCACGCAGCUGAAAAAGCAUUGCGGUCCUUUGUGCAGUUCCCCAAUGCAUCAGAAGCUCACAUGGCUAUGGGGAGAACCCAGUCUAUGAACACUGACUUUACUUCUGACCAAGCCGACUUCCCAGACACACUUUUCAAUGGAUUUGAAAAACCUGAGCAGGCCGAUCAUGCAUUUUUCUUAGGCUCCAAUGGGAAUGAACCCUUUAAUUUGGCGAGUGACUAUAGCAUGGCAUUGGCUGCAUCUUGCAAUCUAAUCCAGUCCCCACUUCCAACCCCUUCAUUUUUUCCACCUUCAAGUGGGAAAAACCCCGUAAUGAUCUUAAAUGAGCUGCGACCAGGGCUGAAGUAUGACUUUGUGUCAGAGAGUGGAGAAAGCCACGCUAAGAAUUUUGUCAUGUCGGUCACCGUGGACAACCAGACAUUUGAGGGGUCUGGUAGAAACAAGAAGCUUGCUAAGGCCCGAGCAGCUCAGGCAGCUUUGGCAUCACUGUUUAACAUGCAGCUGGACCAGACUCCUUCACAACAGCCUGUUCCCAGUGAGGGCCUACAGUUGCACUUACCUCAGGUGCUGGCUGAUGCUGUUGCACGUUUGGUCAUAGAGAAGUUCAGCGAGCUAACAGAUAAUUUUACCUCCCCACAUGCAAGGAGAAAAGUGCUAGCCGGAGUUGUCAUGACGACAGGAAUAGAUGUGAAAGACGCCCAGGUUAUCAGCGUUUCCACUGGAACCAAAUGCAUCAAUGGGGAGUAUAUGAGUGAUCGUGGUUUGGCGCUAAAUGACUGUCAUGCUGAAAUUGUAGCUCGCAGGUCACUGCUUAGAUUUCUCUACACACAGCUUGAAUUAUUUCUAAGCUCAAAAGAAGAUCAGCAAACAUCCAUAUUUAUGAAGUGUGAGCGUGGUGGUUUUCGACUGAAGGAUAAUGUUCAGUUCCACCUGUACAUCAGUACAUCACCAUGUGGAGAUGCUCGUAUUUUCUCACCGCAUGAAGCUGGACAAGAAGAUCAGGGUGAUCGCCAUCCUAACCGAAAGGCGCGUGGACAACUUCGUACGAAGAUAGAGUCUGGAGAGGGUACUAUUCCUGUCCGGUCAAGCAGUACUAUCCAAACAUGGGAUGGGGUUUUGCAAGGAGAGAGAUUGCUCACCAUGUCUUGCAGCGAUAAGAUUGCCAGGUGGAACGUUGUGGGAAUCCAGGGAUCGCUCUUCAGUCUCUUCGUUGAGCCAAUCUAUUUCUCCAGUAUUAUCUUGGGCAGCCUCUAUCAUGGCGAUCAUCUCUCCAGGGCCGUGUACCAGAGAAUAUCUGAUAUAGAAGAUUUUCCCCCACUGUAUUCACUAAACAAGCCUUUACUCAGUGGAAUUAGUAAUGCAGAAGCUCGCCAACCGGGCAAGGCUCCUAGUUUCAGUAUCAACUGGACAAUAGGAGACGCAAGCCUUGAAGUGAUCAAUGCUACAACUGGCAAGGAUGAAUUGGGUCGUGCGUCACGUCUCUGUAAACAUGUGCUCUACAGUCGAUGGAUGCGUAUUCAUGCAAAGCUCUCCUCCAGCCUGAGAUGUAAAAUUGGGAAGCCCAAUCUAUACUACGAUACAAAGCAAUCUGCCACAGAAUACCAGGCGGCGAAGGAAUGCGUCUUUAAAGCCUUUCAAAAGGCAGGACUUGGUGCCUGGGUUAAAAAACCUAUAGAGCAAGACCAGUUUCCCCUCACUGCUUAAAGUCUUGAACGAAUCAAUUGAUUUUAGUUUUUCCUUUGUCAGGCAGGAGCAUAUGACACUAAACCUCAUCAUAAUUUCUCCAUUCUCUGACGUGCCAAUCAUCCUCAAACCACACAUUGUUUUAUAGGAUCUGGAAAUAAUUGUGUUUUUAUUUAUUCCUUAGUGACCAAAGGCAAUCAAUCUUUUGUAAGCGCCUGCCUCAGUUUUUAUUUUACGUAAAAUGUAUUUUCUGUAGAUGGAUCUCUCACCUCUGUAAAUUGUAGAUACCUACAACAGCACCAGUGUGCGAUACAAUGGGCAGCUGACUUGAACGUGGAAAGCGAUUCUUAUUUCACUGCAGAUAUGUUCUUGUUCAUGGUUUUACACUGUAUUUUUAGGUGGCGUAUUUCAUGAGCUUCGUUUUGUGAAAUUUUGCCUGCUGUUGACACUAAUGUGACCAGCAAUAUGUUGGAAAUUUUAUAUAUAUAUAUUUUUUUUUUAUUAACCUGUCUUUGCUUACAUAUUGCCGAUUGAAAAAUCAAGAACCGGCACCCCUUCUAUACUAAAAGGGUUCAGUACCAGCUGCUACACAUGCGUGUCAUUGGUAUCUGUGUAUGUAUGGCUAAGAUUUUAUUAUGCAGCUUUUAUUCUGUACUUGUGUCUCAUUUACCCAUGUUGUGAAUUCAGAAUUGUACUGUUGGUAACUGGAUUGAAACUCAUUUGUAUCUUUCUUGCUUUUAGGCUGUAAUUGUGAACCGAGACCUAUAAAGAAUUAAAUUGUUUGCUGAAAAUACAGUAUAUACAUAAAACCACACAAUUGUUUUGCAGAAAUACGUUGCUUGGCAUUUAAUAAGAGGUUUUAAAUUACUUUUCUAUGCAUAUAGACAAAUUCCAAAGUUACGUCCAUGCAUGAUGGGUGAUGGCAGAUUUCGCCACAGUUCUGAUGCUAAUCUGCAUAUUUAUCAUGGAUCUCACAUUAUAUAUCGCAAAAGGGUGCAGAAUUGACGUGCUGCAGAUAUAUGAAUGCAGGUCAAUUUAUGCGCUCGUGGCAGAGAUUUGUUAAUCCUCUUUGCUGUAGUUGUAUAUUUCACUGUGGAUUUUCCACCCACAAAUCUAGAGUUCUAAACAGAUUUGAUUAAAGACCAUUUACCAACAUCCUUUAACAAAGGAGUCUCAUGUAGGGACCAGUUUAUUUUUUUAAUUAGAAUAGCUAGCAUUUCAUUCAAUAGCUGGUGUUUCAUACAAAAAUGACAGGCUGAUAGUGUAUGCUAAAUAUAUAGCUGUAUCUCUUCUGGACCUUUCAUGUGAAUGGUGGACCCUGUCUUAUCUAUACACAAAGAUGAUAUCAUUAUAGGCAGGAUUAGAAUAACACACAAGCAGAUAACUGCAGUAAAGUGAUCUGUACAUACCAAGGAGUGGUGCCUAUUAUUAGACUUAGUGGCAGGGCAAAAACUGCAGGAAUUCAGUUCAAAUAUCGAUAUUGGCGUAGAAAAUUAAAAAAUUAUUUAAAAGUAUGUUAAACAAAAAUGUGAUUUAAACAAUGGAUCAUUUUCUGAUGACACAUUCCCUUUCUCAUGAAGACAAUCUCUUUAAAAAAUAAAUAAAAGCUGGCUCCUGUAACCAAAUGCCAUCACAUAUUGUCCAUUACGAUUAAUGGCCUGGUUUGCUAGAGCAACUCUCCAUUCUGUAUCCUACAGGGUUAGUGAAUUAACCUUCCCUCUUUGAUUUUUCAUAUAGCCAAUCAUGGUCUUUAUGAGGGAACCUCUUAAAUGGGUAUUCCAGUUAUGGAAGUUAUCUCCUAGCCACACGAUGGGGAGCCUGUACCCCUUGGAGCCCCUUGAAAAGAACAGAUUAGCUGGUUGGGCAUGUGCGCAACUGGCUUUAUUCAUUUCUUUAUCCAGUUUCUGAUGGUAAACUUUGAAGAGGAAGCAGGACUUGCACAAGUGUGUGACUCCUUCAAACAGCUGUCCUUUUAAAACAUCAGUCAGCAGAGGCCUGAGAGGGAAGAUGGGAGUGAAGUGCAGGAGCUGCCUGCCUGCCCUCCGUCUGAUUAGUUGACAUCCUUGCGUCCUCUGACCUGUAUAAUUCUGUCGACGUUGUCUAGAUCAGUACAGGUACACUAGUCUGCCCCCCAAUAAUAUGAACAGUUUUGGCUCCAUAGGUCUGCACCUAACAUCAAAUAUGUACUCUGUUAUCACUGUUAUCUGUGGUGUUACAUAGGACUGCACUGCAGAGUCUGAUGCCUGAGUUCUGGAAGCCAUCCCUUUGAAGGCAACUGUAAACCUGAUGUGAUCCUCAAUGAAAUUUUUUUUUACACCCUGUCUUAAUGGGUAAAACAAGGUUAACACCAUUUGAAAUAUAGAGAAUUGCUUAAAGGGACCCGGUCUCGUUGAACAUGGUGUUUGAGCUACAGUUCAGUAGAACCUGUAUUUUAUACAAUUAAAUUCUAGCCCAUUCCAAUCCAGGCUUUGAAGCCAGGGAGGUGGUCCAUCAGUGAUUGACAGCCAUGUAUGUAUGUACGGUCAUAGAAGGAAUGCUGUCGAUCACUGAUAGGACCAUGCCCUUGAAUUCAAGGUCCAGAAAGAGCAGGAAUUUAAAUGUAUGGAAUUAGGGUUGCAGCGGGUAUCGAACUUUCGAUACCCAAUCGAUACUUUUAUACCCAGAUCGAUCCAGUACUGGCAUUUGCUAUUUUUCUAUACUAGGCUGCGCUACUGCACAGCCUAGUAUCUUUUAGAGAACAUGCUGCACGUUGCUCCCGGCGCGCACCAUGUUCUUAUUAGCCAGCAAAGUAAAGGAGUGAAUCCCUCCCUCCUUUCUGUGACCCGGCUACCGCUGGCCACCAAUACUGAGGAGAAGGGAGUGACUGUGGCUACUGUACCACCAAUGAAUAUAAUUAACCUAUUAAUACUAAUGUAAGCGGCGACUGUGGGCAGUAUUAUAAUCAUUGGUGGCGGUGGCCACAGGGUCUCCCCCCUCCCUCAGAAAUUUCACUGGUAGCAGUGGCAAGAUCCGAUCGGAGCCCCAGCAGUGAAAUUGCAGGGCUCUGAUCGGUUACCAUGACAGCCAGGACGCUACUGAAGCCAUCCAUGGCUGCCAUGGUAAGCUCCCUACUGCUGUGUGCACAAAGCAGGGCAACAGGGACAGUGUAAAAAUCCAAUUCUUUCUAAUAGAUCUCUAUUAGGGUGAAUAGGACAAGGGAUCGAAAGAUAAGACCAUUCUAUUAUGGGCCACAUGUUCUGUAAAAAUGUGGUGUUGAAUCAAAAUUUUGGUAUCGUGACAACCCUAUAUAGAAUACAAGUUAUAAUGAAUCUUUUCCCAUAAAAUUAUAUAUCAGUCUGCUCCGCUCUUCCUGCGCUAGAUUUCAUUUUCAUGGUGCCAGGUUCCCUUUAAUUAUUUUCUGUGCUUUCUUUGGGAGACAGUGAUCACUGCAUUGACCUGUCGCAGUUUACACUGAAAACAAGCUGUCAAAUAAAAAAUAGAAAGACGACACCUAUAAGCUAUCCGCAGUGAGUCCUAUAAGGAUCCCCACAGUAGUAUGCGAGGGAAUUUUGCAGCAAGUGUUUAACCACCUUGUAUCCUUACCAUGUGAAAAGUGUUAACCAGCUUCUGGUAAAAUAAAUGGGCAGUCUGUAUAGGGUUGGGCGAUAUCAAAAAUAUUCAGACGAUAAUAAGAAAUUUAUCGCGAUAAAUGACAGUUUUAAAAGAAAAUAAAAAAACUCAAGGGGACGUUAUACUGUAUGGGGCAGCCGCAAGG